AUGAGCAUCAGAUCACAGUUUUGUCGAGGUGGCUACCACAUCUUGCUGCUGCUCCAGAAUUCCGAUGUGCUUCGUGAUCAUUCAUCACUAGCUCCUUCGCUCGUUUCUUAGAAGCAGCCACUAUGUUCUGUCUGAAGCUUGCUGAUGGCGGUAAAGAAAUACAAGUACCGGACGGGGAGACGGUGAUCGGACGUGGCUCACAGUUUGAGAUCACGGACAAGCGCGUAUCUCGCUCUCACGCUAAGAUUUCCUUGGAGAACGGUCUCCUCCGUAUUCUUCCUACUCACACAAAUCCAUGUUUUUAUGCUCCCAACUCCGGCACCAAGCGUGAAACUCUGAAGAGAAAUGAGUGGAAGAAUCUAGAAGAUGGGUCGGUUCUUUCACUGCUGCCGAAUGAUUGUGUCUUCGACAUUGUGAAAGUUCCCGUUGGUAAGAAUGGCGAUGUCGACACUGACUCGGGUACGGACAUUGAUGGCGAACUGGAGCAGGCCGCUCAGCAGGCGAUGGCAGAAGCGAGGGCCGAGAUGAAAACGUCGCCGCCUGGAGCUAAAGAUGGCGCUGCUGCUGAUGCUGCCCGGUCCCCAUCAUCGCCAGCACACACCGCAUUUGCAGACAGCAAAGUGGACGACAGUACUAGUGUGUGCACCAAUGCCUCCCAAAGUUCAGGCAAGGCAUUGUCAUCAGUAACUGACCUCUCCUCAACUAGCAAGCAACCUGAUACAGCUGCCCGCAAAUCACCUGGCAUGUCCUCUGCCGCUAGUCUCACCACAUCCCAGACAGCUUCUUCACAGCCUCAAGCCAAGCGACAACUUCCUGGCUGGAUGCUGACAGGUGCAGCGAAAACCACCGGCCGCGCCACCAGUGCAUCUUCUAAGAAAACCGCUGCUGCUACAUCUAAAGUAUCUUCAGCGAAGGCAGCCAGCAGUAGCACAAAGAAACUAAAAGAUUACAGUGAUAGUGAUGGAGAUGACUCUGCCAAGCCCUCUGCAUCGACCAGCGGUAGCACACGCAAGCCAGCUGGACGCCAGGGAAAGCAAGCGCGUCAGAACCUGGCCGACUACAGUGACAGUGACGGUGACGGCAGUGCUCCCCCAGCAAAGGCGGCAACCCAGUCGUCCAGUCCGCGUAAGGCUGCGGCUCGUCCGACAAAGCAAGCACGUCAGAAUUUAGCUGAUUACAGUGACAGUGGCGGUGAUGAUGCUCCCGCUGCUGGUGCUGCUCCAGCAGGUGGUGCCUCAACCAGUCCCCGGAAGGCCAAACCAGUGAAGAAAAACCUUGCUGAUUAUAGUGAUAGUGAUGGUGAAUCCAGGAAGCCACCUGCCCGUGUAGCAGCUCAGAAACGACCGAUGAAAGACUUUAGUGACAGUGAUAUAAGCGAAGAAGAGCGCCAACCGCUGAAGAAAAAACGUCCAGACACAGCUGCAGCAUCGACUGAUGCAACAUCGAGUUCAACUCUACCACGGUGUCAGUACGGUUCCCAAUGUUAUAGGAAGAACCCACAGCAUUUCCGUGAGUACUCGCAUCCGGACAAGGAUGAUGACGCAUCCGGUGAUGACAGUGCAGCUGCCACUGCAGCUGCCAGUGUUCCAGCUAGCCUGCCGGAGUGUCCAUUUGGACAACUAUGUUACAGGAAAAAUCCAAAGCACAAGCAAAUGUUUGCCCACAAUCUUCCAGGACCCCAGUCAGGCUCUGAUGAUGAUGGUGUCCGUCGCUCACGCAGGAAGAGGACACGCAGAAAAAUGACCAGCUUGCUGGCAGGAGACAGCGAUGAUGAUGGAGAGCCAAACGCGUACGAUCACAACGACUCGUUCCUGGACGAUUCUGAUGACAGCGAUGCCAGCUCACUAUCCCCGUCUGACUCUGAUGACACUGAUUUCAACCCCGGCAGUGAUUCUGACCUAGGAGAGCUGGUGUCUGAGGCCAAAGGCUUUCUACGCAAUAAGAAAAUGCACAAGCCAACCUGAUCAUCUUGCAGCCAGGUGCGCCACAGACAUGAGCGGACAGGUGUGUCUGUCUGUAUGCGUGUGUGUUUGUGUGUUUGUUUGUCUGUCUGUCUGUUGUUUAGUGACCGUGUCACUCAAUUGCUUGUGUUGCUUCACCUGAUGCGAUCCAUACCAUUUAAACCAGAACCAAUAGUUUUACUAGUCGCAUUACCAGCUUAUUAUCCAUACCUCUCCUUUCUGAUUGUAUGGAAUAAGAAGCGUCGAGUGGAGGUGUAAAUAAAUAGCAUUAAUUCGUGUAGGAUGUACAGCAUUCACACGAAAACCGAUCCACGUAUACAUUGUGUGGUCUUACUGCAAAGACAUAUUUGGUGGUAUGCUGAUGAUUAUCUAGUUGCUUAUUCACAUGACUUACAUUGUAAGUAGUUUUACUGGGCAGCUGGUCUGCCUUGCAGAUUUUUACUUGAAGUAGCUUUAAUGAUAUUUUUACAUCUCCAACCUUUUUGUGAUGUGAGGUAUGGUGUACGUGUGUCCUCGUUCCACAUUAAUUUUAAUUUGCAUGUGCUGUUGUUGCCCAGUGCCAUUGCCAUUGCCAUUGCCACUGGCCCUGUUUAUAACUGCGGGCUAGUCCUUCUUGCUAUGUAAGCGAAAUUAGUCGCAGCUGGUAUCCUUUCUUCGGAGCAUUGUAACGUCAUUAUGCUGUUGUUAAAAAAAAUCUUGGUAGACUGCAGCAACGUACUGGCCUACUUUGCAAGCCCGUCACAUUGUAUUAUGCUUUCUCCUGGGCAGCCUAUCAGUACUUGUAGUACUGUAUGAUUGUACUAGUUAAUACACCUGUGCAAUUAGUAUUAUUACAAGUUUACAUGUAUAUUAAAUGUAUUUUAAAAAUUCGACGCUGGCUUCAUGCA